AUGACUUUGUUCUUGGUAUGUACGAUGAGAUAUGAACAGACCAUUGAACAAUCGCUACUGCCCUCUAGAGAGGGUGACUACAGUUCGUUCAUUGCUGCUGUUGUUCUCCUCUUUCUUUUAUUUAUUUUGAACUUCUUUCUGUUCUGUCAAUCAAGAUCAAAAAUUCGUUCAUAUAAGCAAAUAAGAAGAAAAAGAAUGAAGCGUGGUUUUAUCAUAGCCAUCAUUUGGGAAGUUCUCUCAUUUGCAGCAUUUGUUCUAAACUUAACUGCAAAUAGUAGUGACCGUUGGUGGGUCAAUGCAAAAGAUGGUGGCGAAAAAACAUUCAUCAGAGCUGGUCUUUGGCAAGUUUGUUUCAAUAUGUAUCGUCAUCGUUUUGAUUACUAUGGGAAAAUCUAUCAUGGAUGUUGGUGGCUAUUCUCACCUGAAAUUCGUCUUCUACGUUCAUGGAUUACGAAUAAUUGGCUCCGUUGGGUGCAAACAUUAUCCACACUUUCUUUAAUCACAUCAUUUUUCGCGGUUAUUGCUUCCUUGCUCGUUCUACGUAAUAGCGAAGCUUUUAAGUCAUCCCGACAAGUGCUCACUGCUGCAAUCUUACAUGGUCUCGCAGGUGUCUUAAUGUUAGCAACAGUCAUUCUCUUCGGUGUCGAUGGCAAACGACGUGACUGGAUGAUGAAUUGGCAAUUCAACUGGUUUGGCUGGAGCUUUCAAAUUGCAAUUGUCAGUUGCAUUCUCCAUCUGCUCACUGCAAUGAUGGCGGGUUAUCAAGGUUCAAAUAAAUUUUUACACGACAUGUACGACUACGAACGUGCUCAUGAAGAAUUAGAACAUCGUUCAACACUGAAAUAUCCUCCAUUACCACCGUAUCACAGUCGUGCUUCAUCCGAACGUGGACUAUCGUCAAAUGCUGGUAGUAAAACUCAUCUUCAUCAAUAUGCCUAA